UCAAAUAUUAAAACUCGGGUUUAGACUACUGAUCUUUUAAUUUUAACUUUUUUAGUUAAGACUUUAGUCUUUACAAUUUAUGAUUUUUGAGUAGAAAAACUAAUAAUAGUUCCAAAAAAAUCUCGACAAGCAACGGCUAUGACAAACAAAGUAUUUGCAAAUACUAAUUGUGCAAAAAUAUUUCUGACUAGUAUUAAACACUCUUAGGAAAACGUUCCUGAGCCCAAGAUUGAUUUUGAUAGUUAUUGUUUGUCAAACUAUAAUUAAGAUUUAAGUAUCCAUAAAUAUAUACUUUAAUUAUGAAAUACAAGCCUGUAAAAAUGAAGCAAACACAAAAUGUGUUACUGAGUCGCUAUGAAAUAAUUUCCUAUCUAAUCAUUUGGAUUUCAGGCAUAUUAUAUGCGUUAUAUCAUCUUUUAAAGAUAAGUUCAACUUUAAAAACCUCAGAUCUUCCAGAUUUAGUGCCAGGAUGGCAAUGGUUGGGUCGAAAAAAAGAUAAUACUUGCCCUGAAUGGAGGUUAUGGACAACUUAUAUUAUUUACUCAUUAGCUCCAUGGAUUGUUCUACAUUCUUUAAUGUUGAUGUUCUUAAAAAAAUACUUGAGAAAGAUACCAAUAUUACAAGACUUCUGGCUAGUCACUGUGACGAGCCUAUGCAUAAAUUACAACUUUGGGCUCUUACCAAUUUUUAUCUAUGCUGGUAUGACAUUAAUUUAUUAUUGUUUAAUGUUUGCCCACGAUAAAUUAAUUAUUUGGAUUACGAGUGUGUUUCUCUUAGGAGUAUGGUCAUAUUAUGAUUUCUUGUUUGAAUAUCUUGAUACAAAUACAAAUGAAGAAAAUUCAUAUUUAUUAUUGCUGACUUUAUACUGGCAUCAGUUACGCUGUAUUAGUUUUGCAUUGAGCUCUUUAGAAAGAGAUAGUAGAGAAUGGAAAAACUAUAUUCAUUUUUUGGCUUACUCAUUCUAUUUGCCAAGCUUUUUCUUUGGACCUAUAAUAAUUUAUGAGAAAAUUAUUGAUACUCCUAAGAAUUAUACCAAUACAAAAUCAUUACCAAAACGCGUGAUCACAUUAAUAUUAAAUGUUAUUAGAUAUUUUGGCUGGAUGUUUGUUGCUGAGUUUGUGUUGCAUUAUAUCUAUGUUAACAUGUUUUUACAAAAUAUUAAAGUGAUUAAAAACUUUGGAAUCACCGCACUUAGUGGAUUUGGUUUUACCAUGGGACAAUUCUUUUUUAUUAAAUACACAUUUGUUUACGGCAUAGCCAUUACAAUUGCUCAAUUUGAUGAAUAUAUAACACCUCCUAUGCCACCCAAAUGCAUAUCAAGGAUUCAUUUGUACUCUGAUAUGUGGAGAAGCUUUGAUCAAGGACUUUAUGAUUUUCUAAAAAAUUACAUUUAUAAGCCAUCUGGCGAUUAUGUGGACAACGUGAGACUAAGAAUGAAGAUUUUUAGAUCGUUUAUGUGCUUUGUUUUUGUGUUUAUUUGGCACGGUCUGUCUUGGGAUGUUUUUUUAUGGACCGCAUUUAACUACGCUGGAGUUACAAUAGAAACGUUGGCAAGAUAUGCUGGAAAAACAACGUUUUAUUUGCAACAUGUUAAAGGAAAUAUCAAUGGACGAAAUGAAAGGCGAUUUUUAGCACUAUUGACGAGUCCGUUAACAAUGAUGUCAGCCAUUUCUAAUUUUUUCUUUUUUGGUGGCGUCGAAGCUGGACAAAGUUUUCUUGAAGUUAUAUUUUUAAAAAAUACUUGGAUUGAAAAUAUGAUUAUUCUAACAGUAUUUUACUCCAUGUGCCAUAUAUCCGUGGAAUUUGAAAAUUAUAAAAAAGCUAAUAAACAAAAAUAUUGCGGAAAAUAUAACGAUAAUAAAAAACAUAUUACCUAGGAAAUUAUUUAUAAUUUGUAAAGACUCGUAAAAUUGCCGAUACUAUUGUUCCUAUAUUUUAUUUUGUAAAUGUACUUAAAUAAUCAGAAAAUAAGUUAGAUAUAGUGAUGAGUAAUAAUGUAAAUUUAAACUAUUUUUUUUUACUAGUUAAGUUGUUAGUGGCUUUUGUAAUUGAAUUCUAUUACCAUAUUAGUUUUUGUAAAUUAAUGAAAUUUGUAACCUUUAACCUGACAACGACGCAAUGAUAGAGAGAACAGAAUGUAUACGUGUACAUAAAAAUUAGGUUGACAGACAACCAUACAAUUUUUUUCAUUUGCUUAUUUAAACCUAACCUAUCUAUCAAGGUAACAGUAAUAUAUCUAGAAAACGGACGUAAAGGGCCGCAGCUCCUCUUAAAUUUCAGUUAAUAUACAAUUUUAAUUACAGUGCAGUGUGUUACUUGUUUAGUUUUUAAUUCACUUAGGUGCUAUCGACGACAAUAAUUAUUGCACAGACAAACACACACAUACAAAUAGAAAUGUUAUGUUGUUCUAUUUUAUCGAUAAUAAUCCUUAUUAUGUAAUAUAUCCUUUUUAAGGAUAUAUUUAUGUAUAUGGUCUUACUUCCAUUCUGAGAUUCGAAAAAUGCAUUUUCAACGGCAUUUUCAAAGCUGUAGCUACAUUUCUUAGAGGAAGCAAAAAUCAACAACCAAUAAUUAUUAUAGAUAAGAUACAAAUUUUUUAUUAGAACAUAAACUGAUUAGUAUUUGGUACAAAAUAUAAUUAAUGCUUUUGUUGUAGUAAACACAUUUUGUAGUUAUUGUACUUGAUUAUGUUUACAUUAAAUGUAGAUUGACAAUGAGCUAAGUAACAUCAGUAAGAUAUGAUUAUUAUAUAGGGAACUUAAAACUAUACUUGAACAGGUGAGUGAAAAAGGAUAAAAUUCUAAAAAAACGAAAAAUAAACUGAGAUAGCCAUUUUGUAGCUUAAUGGUAGACAAGCGUAUUAUUAAUGAUAAUAUUCCAUUG